AUGAACACAACGUUGGGAGAUCUUGGGAUCAGUUAUAUCAUCACAGAUGGAAAUGAAAACCAAAUAUUUCACCUUAACUCUAGUCAGGGUUUAAUAACAACAGCCACAAAACUGGAUCGUGAAAAAACUGAUCACUACACACUUCUAGUUGAAGCUCAUAGCAACAAUCAAACUGCCCAAGCACAGGUGAUUAUAAAGAUACUUGAUAUUAAGGACACCAGACCAAGGUUUCAAAGAAGUAACUAUCGAGGAGAAGUAUCGGAAGCUGCUAACAUAUAUGACCCAGUUAUAGUGAACAUUGGUGGAUAUAAAACAAAUUUAACUGUUGUGGCUGUGGAUCUCGAUUUGGACACGCAGCUGACAUACAAUAUAGUAUCAUCGAGUGAUUCAUCCAAUGGAUCAUUUUCUGUUGGACCAUCGUCUGGAGUUAUAGUAGUCAACAAGACGUUAAAUCGUGAAGAAAUCCCGGCAGACAUGCAUGAUGAGUACACUUUUCAGGUUACAGCAUCAGAUGAAAACUAUACAGCAACCGCUACAGUAACUGUUCACGUUCUCGAUGAAAAUGACAACUCUCCUGACUUUCAAGAAGAUGUUGUUAACAUUAGUAUUUCAGAGAAUACCGCCAUAGGAUCUAUAAUAUUCCACGCUGAAGCAAAGGACCUUGAUUAUGUUGACAGAGGGCAACUCAAAUACAACAUUUCUCCCAAAGAUGCGUUCAGCAUUCACCCUGACUCUGGAUAUGUCUCCAUGCGGUUGCCACUUGAUCGAGAGUCUAGAACAUCCUACAGCCUUACAAUUGUUGCCAAGGAUUUAGCUAAUCACACUGCUGAAAUGGAAUUGAACAUCUUUAUUACCGACGAAAAUGACAAUCCACCACAAUUUUACCAGUCACAGUAUGUCUUCAAUGUAUUGGAAGGUACUGCCAGCAUUAAUCAGUCUUUUGUGGUAGCGGCACAUGAUGAUGAUAUUGGAAACAAUUCAGUUAUCACAUUCAACAUUGUAAAUGGAAAUGAUGAUGGAAUAUUUGUCAUGUCCAGCAAUGGAAAUAAGGGGACAUUAACAGUUGUUAAAGAACUUGAUCGGGAAGACACCAGAUGGGAGAUUGAAAACGGAAGUGCUAUCAUAAUAUUAACAGUGGAAGCUGUUGAUGGAGGAUUUCCACCACUGAAGGAUAUGUCUGAAGUGACAGUGCGCAUAUAUGAUAUAAAUGAUAAUUCACCAACAUUUGACAGCAACAUAUACAACGGUAGUAUUUCUGAAGAUGCCACAAAUGGAACCUUAAUUAGUAUGGUGUCACAAAUAGUCAGUACAGACCCAGACAAUGACUUCAAUGGAACUCAAGGACUUCGAUACAGUCUUAGCCCUGAAAAUACAAUUUUUGACAUCACCCCCAAGUCAGGACAAGUGUAUGUGAAAUCAUCAGGAUUGGAUAGAGAAACAAUAGCAAUGUACAGAUUCCAGAUUGUAGUACAAGAUGCUGAAGGCACAGGAAACAAGGCAAAUGCUACACUCUUGAUCCAUGUGUCGGACGUAAAUGACGUAGCCCCUGAAUUCCCCCGCUCUUCUUAUACGUUCAACGUCUCCGAAGAUGCCAAUCCAUCUGAUUUUGUUGGUCAAGUGAUGGCAUUUGAUAAUGAUUUAAAUGGAAAUCUUUCACUACGUUACACUCUCAUCUCUGGAGACGAUUUCAGGUUUUUUAUUAACCGAAUAACAGGUGUUUUGAAAGUAUCUGGUGGACUUGACAGAGAAGUGAAAAGUGCUUAUAGUCUGCACAUUUCUGUUACCGAUGGAAAGUAUUCCACUUUCACAACAGUUGUUAUUAUUAUAGAAGAUGUUAAUGAUAACUGUCCCAAUUUCUCAAAGUCUGAAAUAAAAUACUUCAUAGGGGAAAAUGAGAAGCCCUCAUAUCUUGGGAAUCUCAACGCAUCGGAUCCAGAUAGUGGGGCCAAUGGCUUGGUGAGGUUUUUCCUCAAUAAUACAGGCGCUACUGUUGGGAUUGUUAAAGCAACUCUUUCAAACGCAACAUCUGGCACACUGGUUUAUUCUGUUAUUAGUACAGCGGAUGUAUCCCAGGCCUUUACUAUUGACGAAACACAUGGUAAAGUUUCAACUACGAUGGAAUUAGACAGGGAAACAAAACAGUCUUAUUCAUUGAUUGUUCAAGUUCGUAAUGGAAGAAGACCAGAACGGAUUGCUUAUUCUGUGGUAACAGUGAACGUGUCAGAUGAAAAUGACAAUGAGCCACAAUUUUCUCAAAAUGAUUAUAAUAUUGAAAUCGAGGAAAAUACAGAAAAGACAUCCCUACUGAUUAUUACAGCAACAGACCUUGACUCUGGUGAAAAUGGCAGAAUAUCUUAUUCAAUUGAGAAUAAUACAUACGAAACCUCAUUUGCUAUCGAUAAUAAUACAGGCGAACUCAAAUUAAAUGGAACAUUGGACAGAGAAGUAAAAUCUGAGUAUUUGCUAACUGUUCAGGCCACCGAUCAUGGAUCAGCUCCUCUGUCAGCUGUUACCAGAAUAUUUGUCACCAUCAUAGACAGAAAUGAUGAAUAUCCAGAAUUCCAGAACCUACCGUAUAUUGUAUCCAUCAAAGAAAAUGAAACUGCAAUAACUAAUAUUAUAAAUGUAUCAGCAACUGACAGAGAUACCGGACUCAAUGGUCAAGUGAUCUACAGGUUAAUAGGAAAUGGAUACAACUCUUUCCAGAUCGAUGCAGUUGAUGGAUCUAUAUCUACUCUUGGAACACUGGGUUACGAAUGUCAAAGAGGGUGUGUGCUGAAAGUAAUGGCUCAUGAUCUGGGGAUUCCACCUCUGAAUGCAACAGCUGAAGUUAUCAUUUACGUCAACGGUUCUUAUCACUCAAAACCAAAGUUUACCCAGCGUUUGUAUGCAUCAGAAGUUGCAAUAGGAACUCCAAGAAACACUUACCUUCAAGUUAGUGUUGAUGCAGGCAAUGGUAGUUUUUACUACAACAUCACACAAGGAAAUAAAGAUGGUUUAUUUGCUAUCGAUUCUGACACGGCCGCUGUCUUUGUAGUUGAGGAACCGGUAUCAUUAGGACAGCACUUGUUUACAGUUACUGCUUUUAAUAAGAUUACUCCAGACAGCUACAGUUCAGCACAGGUACUUGUGACGGUAGUGGAACCAAAGGUAACCUUCAUUAAAAUCAAAUAUGAAGCUCAUAUAAAUGAAAACACUCCACCUCCAGUGAUGAUUACCGAUCUGAACUCUUCUGCUGAGAUGGAAGGAUCACGUGUGCUGUAUCAACUUAUAGAUGGGCCUAAAGACACAUUUAUGGUCAAUGGAAGCACAGGUCGUGUUUACUGUAUACGCAGUCUUGAUCGCGAGCAGGUAGCACAGUACAGUCUUCACGUAAAGGUGUCUGGAAUUCUGUCAGCAAAGACCAGGCAAGGGAGAUCAGUGAGACGUGAUAUAGCUGAAGUUAUUGUAAAAGUGGAUGACGUCAAUGAUAAUUAUCCAGUAUUCACUCACCCAAGGACAGACAACAAUAACACUGUUAUAUUGGGAAUACCAAAGUCAGCUGAUCGCAAUUAUCUUCUAACUACAAUUUCGGCAACAGAUGUGGAUGAAGGAAUUAAUAGUCUCUUGAAAUUUACGCUGGCUGAUGAUCAACAUGUAUUUGGUAUUUACAACCCAACAGGCGAGAUUGUAUCAUUGCAGGAAAUUGCUAAAGUAAACGCAGAUAAUAUCUUUAUCACAGCAAUAGCAACUGAUGAAAAUGGAAUGGGUCGAUCCAGUUACCUUAGCAUGAAGGUCAUAAUUCUGUCUGAUGAAAAACGGUUUGGUUUCAAUGUUGGAAUCUCACCCUCAGAGAUGCUUGCGGGAAAAGACUUACUUAUUGGAAACCUGAGUGACAUCCUUGGCCUAGAUGUGAAGCUGGAACAGAGCAUACCACACUUUGCAACGAGUACCCAAGAUCUUGACACAACUGACUUGUACCUUCAUGCAUUUGAUAAACUGACAGGAAACGCUGUGUCUUUUGAUGAAGUUGUAAAGAGGGCAAGGGAUAAAACACGUGCAAUUAAUGACAUCUUCAAGAGCCACAAGGUAUUCAAGAUAUAUUCACCUACAACUCGAGGACCUAUGACAGUUACUAUGACACCUGGUGUACGCCAGAGGGAGCCGUACCACAUCAGCAAAGCAGAGAUAGCUAUCCUCGCCAUUGCUGGAAUGAUGUUCAUUGGCUCUAUCAUUUCAAUAGUAGCCAUUAUUAAAAUAUGGAAGAGACAUGAAGAUUACCUAGUUCAUCAACAUUUAGCACAGAAAGUCAGAAACAGACAAACAAACGUACACAUUGAUCAAGACGGGGGAACAGAUGAAGGUUUCAAUGAGAUAAAUGUUGACUCCGAUAACACUGAAACUGUUGAUAACACUGACGUGAUCAUGGAAACUGAUGAGGAAUCACAGGAUUUUAACCCCAAGACGUACCUCAGGCCAACAAGGAUGUCAGAGAUUUUAUAUUAAAGAACAGCCGAAUUAUUGAUCCUGUUCACACUCAAUAUUGAAAUGGAAGAUCGGAGAAGAUUGCUACAUUUUGAAAGGAAGCACCAGACCAAGAGACUAAUACUCUACAGAAGUUUGCUGCGAGAGGAGAAAUACCAGAAACUGAUUGUCCCAACGUUCUGUAAUUGAGCCUAUUGAGAAUGGCACGCUGGAAGGCCAUUUAAAUCAACAGUUUUGUGAUUAAGACAGUUAAACCCACUCGAAAGCCAACACCAGACUACUUCGAGAAUGUGUGUUUUACUUUAAAGAACAAAGAGAUGCAAAAUAUAUUGUUGCCUUGGUUUGCAUGGAAAGUCUUCAUAAAUUAUAUAAGAAAACAAUCAUGAAAAACGAAAAAGACAUGGAAUUUUUUUUUUAUGUAACAAUGUAAAGACUGUCAUAAAGAAUGUUUCACAUGUAUUUAAAGUAAAAUAAUUUAUACCUGUUUCAAAU